AUGGAGUCACCGGAAUGGAUGCCCUCUGUGGGCCAAUGCGCCAUGCGCGGCUCCUGCGGAUCCAAAGGCUGGUUCGGCAAGCCUUUACCUUGCCCAUACGACGGUCCUCCCUCAGAGCCCGAAGACUCCGAUACCCUUGAACUCCUUACCUCAGUUUGUGGUGCAGACUUAGCCCAAGGGCCUGUAUGCUGUACCUCGGACCAGCUCGAAACGCUCCGGGAUAAUCUCCAGCAAGUCGAGCCCAUAAUCUCGUCAUGCCCCGCCUGUCGAAACAAUUUCCGGUCUUUCUUCUGCCACUUCACCUGCUCGCCCACGCAAGCCUCGUUUGUGAACAUUACUGCGACGCAGAAGACCCGCACUGGGCAGACGGCCGUGAAGGAGCUCGACUUCUACGCGUCACAGCGCUUUUCGGAGGGCUUCUUCGAUAGCUGCAAGAAUGUCCAAGUGGGAUCCGCGAACAGCUGGGCCAUGGAUCUCAUUGGCGGAGGCGCAAAGGACUAUAAAGGUUUCCUCAAGUUCCUUGGCGACGAGAAGGAUCUCGGUUCACCUUUCCAGAUCAACUAUCCCUCGUAUACCCCUCCUCCAUUCGCGGCCUUCAACGCCACUCCUCGUAAUUGUGCCGACAACGAUCUCAGCAGUAGAUGCACAUGCAUCGACUGCCCGGAUGUUUGCCUCCCUCUUCCCGACGUGCCCGCUCCAGGCAGCGAGCCUACUUGCCACGUAGGCACAAUAUCCUGCCUUACCUUCGUUCUCACAUUGGGCUACGCGCUGGCUGUCGCGGCCUUUUUUGCCACAUACGUCCUCCAGCUCACAAUCCGCCGCCGGAGAGAGAAGGCGUACGAUGGCAUCGGAAUCACCCUCGCACAAGACCAGGGAUCGUCUAUUGAUACGCCCCUCUCACCCCGUGCACAUGUGCGCCACCUCGUUGGGGCCUCAUCUCUGGCGCAAGCUUCCGGCGUCGACGGCGACGAUUCGGUAGCCACCGCUCGCUCCGAGUCUCGUCAUCUCGGACGCGGCGCAUCCCUCCUCGAUCCGCUAGAGACCGUCCAACCUCGACAGCACCGCCUUAAUACCUUUCUCCGCCGAUCAUUCUACCGUCUUGGGCUUUCGUGCGCUUCGUACCCAUGGCUUACAUUCGCGAUGAUUUUCGCGAUUGUGGGGCUGCUCAACGUCGGUUGGAAAGAUUUCAGUGUGGAAACCGACCCCGUAAGACUAUGGGUCGCGCCGAAUAGCGAGAGCAGGAUACAGAAGGAGUACUUUGAUGAGCACUUCGGCCCGUUCUAUCGGACGGAACAGAUGUUCGUCACCGCGACGUCCAACAUAGCAUCGGAUGGCACCACCGCGAAGCCACCCGUGCUUUCAUGGGAUCACCUCAAGUACUGGGCCAACAUCGAGUCCGACAUUCGUGCCCUCCACUCCCAUCCGCACAACUACACCCUCGACGAUGUCUGCUUCAAACCGACGGACACGGCCUGCGUGGUGCAGAGCGUACUCGCGUGGUUUGACAACGACUUGUCGAUGUACGAUGAAGACACGUGGAAGGAGCAGCUGCUGAAGUGCGCGAAUUCGCCGGUUGACUGUCUCCCGGAGUUCGGGCAGCCGUUGGCGCCUCAGUACGUGUUGGGUAAAGUGCCGGGCAAGGAGGGAGCGGAUGGGAAGGAUUACCUUGGAGCGGAGGCAAUGGUCAUCAAUUAUGUGGUGUCUGAUUCCUUGGACCCGGAGGUACAGGCGAGGGCGAUGGAAUGGGAAACUACAUUGAGAGAGUACAUGGAGAGCGUUCCGGCCAAAGCGCGCGAGGAGGCAGGAUUGGAGAUAGCCUGGACAACCGGCGUAUCAUUGGAAGAAGAGAUCAGCAAGAGCUCCAACACGGACGUGCGCAUCGUCGUACUAUCCUACGUAGCGAUGUUCUUCUACGUCGCGUUCACCCUCGGUGCGAACUCCUCUGGUCAGAAAGAAGAUGGCGUGUGGGCAUCGCUUAAUAGAUGGGCGCGCGGACUCCCCAAGCUGUUCCGCGGCUCCUCCGUUGCGACCUCAUCCACCGAUGACGACGGCUACCCGCCAACCCUGCUCCCCCGCCUCCCGCGCAGCCUGUUUGUCAACUCCAAGUUCACUCUCGGUCUCUUUGGCAUCGUCCUUGUCGUGCUCUCGGUCUCGUCUUCGGUCGGGUUCUUCUCGCUAGCGGGCGUGAAGACGACGCUCAUCAUCGCGGAGGUGAUCCCCUUCCUCGUACUCGCCGUCGGUGUCGACAACGUCUUCAUCCUCGUGCACGAGCUCGAUCGGCAGAACCUCCUCCAUGGACCGAAUGCGUCUGCGCUGGCUGGUGCGGACGACGCUCCCGUACCUGGCUCGCCUACGAUGUCGCUGUCGCCGACUCAACCUUUCGCUGGAUUCGGAGGACGGCGCAUGGUUGUUGAUCCCUCGACGGAUGAUGCCAUUGAUGCGCAAUCAACCCCUCUCUUCCUCUCCCCUGAGGAGCGUGUAGCACGGGCGCUUGCGAAGAUGGGGCCGUCUAUUCUACUAUCCACGAUCACGGAGACGGUGGCCUUCGCGCUCGGUGCGCUGGUGCCCAUGCCGGCAGUUCGCAACUUCGCGCUGUAUGCAGCCGGCAGUGUAAUGCUCAACGCGUUCUUGCAAGUGACCGUCUUUGUGAGCGCGUUGGUACUGGACCUGCGGAGAGUGGAGGCCAGUCGUGUGGAUUGCCUCCCUUGCAUCCGGCUUCCUCCCAGGAUCGCGCUACUGGACGCUCCGCCAAGUGGAAGCGGUUUGGGACGGAUAGGAAAGUUCAUCAGGAGGCACUACGCGCCGUUCCUACUCAAGCCAAUUGUCAAGGGCUCUGUACUCUUGUCCUUCGCGGGCGUGUUCGUGCUGUCAGUUAUAUCCAUUCAGCAUCUCCAGCUGGGUCUUGAUCAACGACUCGCACUACCCUCCGACUCAUAUCUCGUUCCUUACUUCGAUAACCUCGAAGCCUACCUGGACAUAGGCCCGCCCGUCUACUUCGUGAGCUACGAUACCAACGUCACUGCCCGUCCCGGCCAACAGAAGCUCUGCGGCCGCUUCACGACCUGCAAUGACUUUUCUAUAGCCAACGUCCUCGAAGCGGAGCGUAAACGCCCCUCGUCGUCGUUCAUCUCCGAACCAACCGCGUCCUGGAUCGACGACUUCCUCAACUGGCUCAAUCCCUUGAAUGAAGAGUGCUGUCGGGUGCGCAUACGCGAUCCAUCGCAGUUCUGCGGGGAGAGGGACUCGCCGAGACUCUGUCGUCCGUGCUUCAAGGGCAGGACGCCGGCGUGGAACAUCACCAUGGACGGGUUCCCCGAGGACGGGGAAUUCAUGCACUAUCUGAAGCAGUGGUUGGUGUCGCCUACCAACGCCGACUGCCCCCUCGCCGGUAAAGCCUCAUUCGGCGCGGCCCUCUCGUUGAGUGAGGACGACGACUUCGUUGAGGCUUCUCACUUCCGGACGUUCCACUCCCCGCUGCGGUCGCAGGAGGACUUCAUCAACUCGUUCGCGGCGGCGCACCGCAUCGCCGACGAGCUGUCCGAAAAGUCGGGUACGAAGGUAUUCCCGUACUCGCUCCACUACGUCUUCUUCGACCAGUACGCGCACAUCGUCGCCAUCACGCAGGAGAUACUAGGGCUAGGCCUUGCCGGUGUGUUGCUCGUCACGGCUCUGCUGCUCGGCUCGUGGAGGACGGGGUCGAUCGUGACAGGCGUGGUGGGCCUGACGGUGACCAGCGUCAUGGGCGUCAUGGGCGUCUGGGGCAUCAGCCUGAAUGCCAUCAGUUUGGUGAACCUCGUCAUUUCGCUCGGCAUCGCGGUGGAGUUCUGCGCGCAUAUUGCGAGGGCGUUUAUGAGCGCUGGUUCUGGGCUACCUGUUGAUCACCCAGCCGGCCAGAAGGAGAGAGACGAGCGGAUGUGGACUGCAUUGGUGGAUGUUGGACCUUCGGUACUCUCCGGAAUAACAUUCACGAAGCUUAUUGGGAUGUGUGUUCUGGCUUUGACACGAUCUAAGUUACUCGAGAUAUACUACUUCAGAAUGUGGUUGACGCUGAUAAUAUCCGGAGCUUUGCACGGGUUGGUUCUGCUACCUGUCAUCCUCAGCUUAGCGGGCGGCCCUGGCUUCUCCAUGCAGGAAGCCGACGAGGAAUGGAUGUCCAACGCUAUCCGUAACGAUUACGAGUACACGCCAUUCUUAGCUGACGAUGACUCAACUGCAAGCGAUUGA